AUGAACUCCGGCACACCGCUGGGAAUUGGCUGGAGCCAAAAUUCCAUUGGCACGAAUGGUCAAAGGAGCAGCUCUGCCACUGCGUACCUUGAGCCUGUUUAUAAUCGCUCGAACCUCGAUGUUCUGAUUCAAACGCAAGUAACUAAAUUAAUACCUUCAACAUCCUCGCACGGAUCGCCGUCUUUCACUGCUGUGGAGAUGGCGCAGAGCGCAGGCAGCCAAACGUAUAUAGUAAAUGCCUCAAAAGAGGUUGUGCUAUCUGCUGGGUCCAUUGGCACACCGCAGAUCCUGAUGCUGAGCGGCAUAGGCGACUCGAAUGCACUGAAAAGUGUUGGAGUGACACCUAUCGUUAGCCUUGAGGACGUCGGUCAGAAUCUGAUCGACCAUCCACUCCUUGCCAAUCAGUGGUACGUGAACUCGACCUAUACAUUCGAAAUGGUAGAGUACAAUGGUACUCUUGAAGAAGACCUGUUGGAGGAGUGGGCCGUUGAUGGUACAGGGCUCUUCGUCGACAAUGGCUCCAACCAACUUGGCUGGCUGCGUCUACCUGAGAAUGCGUCUAUUUAUAGGAGCUAUUCGGACCCGUCAGCAGGCCCACUGUCGCCACAGAUUGAGCUUAUUUUUGUCAAUGGGUACUUUUCGCCUGGUACUCCCUCGCCCGACUCGGGCUAUUAUAUGUCGAUAUCUACAAACGUCGUCUCUCCUUCUUCUACUGGAUCCGUGACCCUAACGUCCAACGAUCCGUUCGACUAUCCGAAUAUCAAUCCUAACCUCCUCGGUGAUCCAUUUGACAUGGCCGUAAUGGUCCAAGCACUCAAGGAUGCGCGGUCGUUCCUGCAAGCGCCUGCAUGGGCGGGGUACAUUCUACAACCGGUCGUCAGCGCAUUUGCUGAUGCAACAACGGAUGCCGAGCUGGAGGCGUACGCGCGUGAGUAUGCCGCAACUGUGUACCACCCCGUCGGCACGGCGAGCAUGGAGCCCGCACGGGGAUCUGGCGGUGUUGUCACGUCCAGUCUGCUUGUAAAGAAUACAUCGGGGCUGCGCGUGGUCGACGCAUCAGUGCUACCUUAUAUUCCGUCUAUGCACCCGCAAGGCGUUGUCUAUGCGCUGGCAGAGAGGGCAUCGGAUUUGAUCAAGGCUGCCUGGGGAGCCUAA